CUCACACACGCUCACACACACGCACGCACACGCAGCAGCAUCCACGCUCAUCGUGUCUUUUUUUUUCUUCCCUCCACACAUACGAAUCACUGGUGGACGGCCCUGCCUAUUGAUCUCCCAACAUCUGGACCACGUCAUAUUUGUUUUUCCGCGGCAGUGAAGCCUGGAGACGGAGCAGUGAGACAGCAGCAUCAGGACCACUUGACACCUCCACGGCAUCGAUAUGCAGUAGUGUGAUGCGGAGACGGCGAGGCCACUCCAUGGCAUCGUGAUUUCAACCUCGCAUUCCUGCGUGUGAGCGCGUCUUUUUUCGCCUGCGGAUUAACUUUGGAGGCAGCAACUGAUUAUUUUCUUGACGUGGGCAGAGAUUCGGUGGGAUACCUGCGAUGGACUUGAGCGCGCAGGGGGGAUAUGGCAUGGCUCGUCUGGGAUUGUUGUUGGUGUUGAUGGGGCUGUGGAGAUGGAGCGACGCUUGCCCCGCAUCCUGCACUUGCAGCGUUUCAAGAAUUGUUUGUAUUGAUUCGGUCCCGGGGAUCGAGGAUUUCCCUCUUCUCACGUUGGAUGACAUGGAGAACAUCACCGAGAUAUAUAUCGCCAAUCAAAACAGACUGUUGGAAAUCAGUGACAGCAGUUUGAAGCACUACAUCAAUCUAAGAAACCUAACCGUGACAAAGACCAGAUUGAUGUCAAUAUCUUCGGAUGCAUUCUUCAACAACACAAGACUUCAAUAUGUAAACCUCAGAGACAAUAAUCUCUCGACAGUGUCGUGGAGGACAUUUCAGAACUUCAACAUGAGCAACUCACUCCUUCUGUCAGGAAACCCUCUGGAGUGCGUGUGCGAAAACAUGUGGCUCAAACUGCGGCUCCAGGAGGAGAUAGACGGUCAGGAGCUGAAAUGCCUAGACGGCCGAGGAAAAGCAAAAGCCUUCACUUCCCUCACACCGCCCGACUGUGUGGUUCCUCAGGUGGAGGUCACCCCUACGCUUGUGACCGAGAUGGAGGGCGGUGAUGUGAAAGCCGAGUGCAGAGCAUCGGGAUCACCUUCUCCAGAGAUCGUGUGGAACCUUGAAAUGCUCUCCACUCAUUUUGAGAUUGAUUCUUCCGACAGCAUGAGCCGGCUCACCUUGUCUGGUCUGUCUCCGGAAGAUAAUGGCAGGGUGAUCAUAUGCAGUGCCGAGAACAUGGUGGGUCAGACAGAGGCCACGCUCCAGCUCAACAUUCUCUUUGCCCCCACCAUCCAGCAGCUGCUGGAACCCAUGCAGAACCAUUUCUGGUGCAUCCCCUUCAGCGUGACUGGGAACCCUCAGCCUGAGAUGCAGUGGUAUCACGAGAACAAACUUCUGGAGGAGCAAGACUACAUCCACACCAGGAUUCAUGAGUCCACAGAGAGCGAGUACCACGGGUGUCUCACGCUGGUCAACCCCACGCAUAUCCACAACGGGGUUUACAGGCUGGUGAUCAAGAAUGAGUACGGGCGAGACGAGAAGAAGGUCUCCGCACGGUUCAUCGACCCGCCCGACGACCACACAGAAAACUGCAGCUACUACUACCCGACAGUUCCACCAUUCACACAGAUAGAUGACAGCGUUGCUGUCUAUGUGGUCGUAGGGAUUGCGGGUGUGGCUUUGACCGGCUGUGUUUUGAUGGUGAUCAUUCUGAAAUAUGGACGAAACUCAAAGUUUGGACUUAAAGGCUCCUCCUCGGUCAUCAGUAACGACGAUGACUCCGCCAGUCCUCUUCAUCACGUAUCCAACGGCAACAACACCCCGUCGUUCUCGGAGAUCGGUCCAGACGCGGUGAUCAUAGGGAUGACAAAGAUUCCUGUCAUUGAGAACCCGCAGUACUUCCGUAACUCUGGCAGCAUGCUGAAAUCUGACACGUUCGUCCAGCACAUAAAGAGGCACAACAUCGUCCUGAAGAGAGAGUUGGGAGAGGGGGCGUUCGGCAAGGUGUUUUUGGCCGAGUGCUACAACCUGACACCGGACCAAGAGAAGCUUCAUGUGGCUGUGAAGACGCUGAAAGAGGCCAGUGAGAGCGGCCGGGCAGACUUCUACAGAGAGGCCGAGCUGCUCACCAACUUGCAACACGAGCACAUUGUCACCUUCUACGGUGUCUGUGUGGAGAGCGAUCCGCUGAUCAUGGUGUUUGAAUACAUGAAGCACGGCGACCUUAACAAAUUCCUCAGGUCACAUGGUCCGGAUGCGGUGCUGAUGGCAGACGGUCAGCACAGCAUCCUGGUGGAGCUGACCCAGUCGCAGAUGUUGCACAUUGCACAGCAGAUCGCGGCCGGAAUGGUCUACCUCGCCUCACAGCACUUCGUCCACAGAGACUUGGCCACCAGGAACUGCCUGGUGGGAGAGAACCUCCUGGUCAAGAUUGGGGACUUUGGCAUGUCCCGAGAUGUUUACAGCACAGACUACUACAGAGUUGGUGGUCACACCAUGCUACCGAUCCGGUGGAUGCCGCCGGAGAGCAUCAUGUACCGACGGUUCACCACAGAGAGUGACGUGUGGAGCCUGGGGGUGGUGUUGUGGGAGAUCUUUACCUAUGGCAAGCAGCCCUGGUACCAGCUGUCCAACAAUGAGGUGAUUGAGUGCAUCACUCAAGGUCGGGUUCUGCAGCGGCCUCGCACCUGUCCUAAAGAGGUGUACGACCUGAUGCUGGGCUGCUGGCAGAGAGAGCCCUACAUGAGGCUGAACAUCAAGGAGAUCCACCGCAUGCUCCAGAGCCUGGCCAAGGCCUCGCCUGUCUACCUGGACAUCCUGGGCUGAUCACGCCCCUGUAUGUAUCUCCCGUGUGUGCGCCUGCCUGAGUGUGUGUGUGAUCGACUGUGCGGUGGCGCCGGCUUCAGCUGCCUGCACAUCAUGGGAGUUGAAGAGCGUCACCACGUGAGCGUCUGUGUACAAUACUGGGCUGUACAUGUGACUUUAAACGCUACUUGUCUGUGUCCUUACUACGUUGAGAGAAAAAAAAAAAAGCCUUAACUCUAAUGUUUUGUUUUGUUUUUUCGUGAUUUGCAGACUAAAAGGCAUGUUGAUCAAAAACAGCGCAGUGUUAAAGGUUUAGAAAACAAAUAAAAACAGAUGGUGACUGCAGAGUUUUGCAAAGGAUGAAUUUGUGUACUUUCUGUUGAACUCGCUGUCUUUCCUUUCUGUGAGGAUUAAAUAAAGGGAAUUACAUGACGGACACUGUAUGGCUAGAACACACGCAGGAACUAACAACAGAUGUUUUUCUUUAAGUGCGUUUCAAACAAACCUUUGUCCUAAGUAUUUUGUUUAGUCAUCAGUAAUAAGACAAUAUACAAACACUUUUUUUUUUUCUCGUCAAUAUGUUUAUUGUCUGUAUAACGGUACAAUAAUGUUGUGUAAUAACUCAACUCUGAUUUUGGUUCAGUCUCUAAAGCACAGGGGCCGGGGCUCAGCCUGUCCAGAUGAGCACAGUCUCUUUAAGUUUCUAUCUAUAUUUAAUUCACCAGCAGCAUCACCACACUGUUGUUUUGUUGCCCAGGUUUCAGGCAGGAGCAAAUCAGAGUUCCAGACUUGAUGUCAUAGAGUUGAUACUUCAGGAAAGUUUUUUUUUUUGUCUGUGCAGCAUCUAAAGCCGACAGAGACGGCUUGCUUGUGUGUUUACGUUUCUAAUCCGAUGGUGUUAAUAAUGUAUAGCGUGCAAGUGUAUGUUGAAGAUCUCAUCUUAAACUCUGGGCCGCCAGCUAAGUGAGCAGCAUCAUUAAGAGUCUGGCUGCUGGAAAUGGGGCCCCAGGGAGCUUUUAGUCUGUCAAGAGGUGACUGAUGCUGCUUUCAAUGCGGUGGUGAAGCACUUUUGUCCUGACAGAACACCUUCAUGGCUUAAAAUACCGACUUGUAUAUUCGCCUUUCAUCUUUAUUCGACCUGCUACACAAUAAGGGAAGAAGAAUGUGAGUAAAAAUAGUAACAAUUGUUCCACCGAUGACUACUCACAUCGACUUACACUACUAGGUUGUGCUUUAAAAACUUUGUUUUCCCACUUGACUUGGAAUUUUUAAAUAUUAAAGCCUAAACCCGGGGUGCAACUGUGUUUUGUUUUUUGUUGUUCAUGUUAUUGAAAGGCCAAUUCCGUUGUCAUACUUCUUUCACCGGACACAGCAUGUACACAAACAACCGGAUGAGAAGUCGUCGCUCAGUCACACACAACUGGAGCACCGUUCUGACGCGCAUGUAGAAGUCUUGCACAGGUGGCAAUCGUGGGUUUCACAUAUUCAGAAGGUCAAUACUUUUCAUAACUUGAAGCAAUACUCACAGUCGAGUUUCUGUAUUGUCAUCCAAAACAUGCAACUCAGGAACGGAGGAAACCAAACCGACUCCAUGUAGCACAUGCUUUAGAAAGAGAGAAAAUCAAUGGCGACACACAAACACAAGCCCCGUCUCCUUAAAAUCGAUCCUCCACACACUUAAAAGACUGUCAUUUUUCCUUAUUUUACUCAUUUUAGAAUGCAAGGUUGUCUAUUUUACUUAAAAGUUGAGGCAUCACUUAAUCCCUGCUGCUGUGUGUAUUGUUGAGUUUUGUUUUAAAACACCAACCUAGUAGUGUAGCAGACUCCAUCUCCUGCACGAGUCCACCUCUGGAACACUUCAACCCCAACAGUCACCAUGGUCUUCAGGCCACAGAUGAAGCUACUCUGACUCAUUCCUCUCAAUGAUCAAGGCCGUUUUUAUGCACCUCUCUGUUUCCAAUGGCUGUAUAAUAGUCCUGUCUCUGCUGUACAUAAAUGACUGUCGAAGAUGUACAGUUUGAUCAUUGUCUAUAUGAAUAGUAGGCUAUGUUAAAUAGUAUCAUCUGUUUUCAGCAGCUAUGUCAAAAACUGUGCGACUAUUCAAGUGUUAUGGGCCACUGGCAAUAUGUGUAAAUAAGGUUUUAUUUAGUUUACGCUAUUUGUCCUACAUUUUAUCACUUAUUUGUGCUUGGUCAUUAUAGAUCUUUUUUUUUAAAUGUAUUUAUUUAUUGAAUUACUGGGGGAGGAGUGGCAACACUCAGCCGCAGCUUGUUUUGUUUCUCCGGAGAAGAGGAUUAGGAAGAACUAACUCAUCCAUCCGUUCCUCUCUGCCGUGAUGAGGAGCUCUCGCAGAGGUGAUCUGAGACAAAGGAGCAAAGACUCAAACACCAUGCUCCGCCCCGUGUGGCUCGUGUGACGGAGGUCAAAGGUCGCCUCCCGGCCCAGCGCAGCGCUCGACCUCUGACAGACUGUAGCUUAUUUCGAUCCUCUUUCAGAAGAAUAACUGUGACUUUGCAUCAUGAAUAGUAUAUUAUUUUGAAUGUAAUCUAGAAGGGUCAGGACCUUUUUUUGAAUGUAAUCUUUGGAGGGUGGGCGGGACUAUUUUGUAAAUAUAUGGUUAAAGAAAAAGAUGACACAAUUUUCAUUCCUGGAAAAGAAACAGCUUUUACUUAAGUUGUGAAAAUAAAACACUAUGUGUGUGUGUGUGUGUGUUUGGGAGAGAGAGGGAGGAUGAUGAGAUGUGUGCAUCUACACACACAUCUGGAGCACAUGUGUGUGUGUGUGUGCGUUCUCCUCUGGCAGGUUUAAUCCCGCCAUAAUCAGCCAGUUCUAUCAAUCAAUUCAAAGCUUUGUGCAUCAUGUGAGUAGCUUAACCCACAAUUAAUGGAGAUGUUCCUUGUGAUACUGUGCAUUUAAUAAAGGUGGUAUG